AUGUCGGACAGCAACUUUGCGCCAGUACAUCACCAGACUACUUCUGGAAUGUCAGGUCACCACACCACCGGAGCUCACAACCUCGAUAACUACAGCACAACAGGAACGAACACUGGUAUCGAUACGACGACCGCUGGCGCCAGUCACGACUACGCUCGCAGCUCUGCCGUAAACGACACUGACCGAUCCGAGUUUCCUGGUCGACUUGGUGAUCGCAACGAUGAUACAAUCUCUCCCGCCGCUGAACCUAUCUCUCGCGAUCGACUCAAUAGCGAAUAUGAGCCUCGAACCGAGAUCACACAACAACGUGGCUCACUAGCUAGCACGGAAGGUCCAUUCCACGCGCCAACCACAGAAGACGCAACCAGCAGCAGCGAUGUUCCACCUGCGAGCACUGUUAGCCAGCAAAAUGCACCACAUCAGGGUGGAAGGAUUGGAGAGGCGACGAUGAGUGCAUUUGGAUACGGAGGAUCAACUGUUGAGCGACCCAAGGAACAUCAGGGCACGGCUGAGAAGAUUCUGAAUUUCUUGGGCGCAUAG